AAGCUGUAUUUCUCGUACGCGUUAACUUGACCAGUGAGGGGGGAUCCGCUUGUGGUGUUUUGGUCCAGUUGAGCCCACUCACCAAAAUGACAGCAAGGAAGUCUGGCUCACGACUGGAGACCGAGAUAGAGCGGUGCCGCUCAGAGGGCCAAUGGGACAAGAUACCGGAGUUAGUACGACAGCUGUCAGCCAAACUAAUAUCAAACGAUGACCUAGGGGAGUUGUUGCUGGGGGAUUGCAAGCUUCAGACAUACCUGAAGGAGAACCCCAUCAAACAGGGAGCCAGUCCCAGGGGCCCACGACCUAAACUGGUGGAGGUCAGGAAACACCUCACUGCUGCUCUGGACAGAGGAAACCUCAAGGCUGAUUACCUCCAGGAAGCCAGCGUGUUGAUGGCCAAAGUGUGCUAUGUGGAGGGCGAAUACAGAGACGCUUUAGGUCACUACAGCAAAGUGAACCUGGAUGACAUGCAGCUGGUGGGAGCUCCUGUGUAUAGGCUGUCCAUGAUAGCAGAGGCAUACGCUACUAAAGGACUGUGUCUAGAGAAGGUCCCAGAUGCCUCUCCUUCUCUAUCCAAUAUGAACACUGGGUCUCCAUCGUCCAAUAGGAGCACAACAGAGCGGGAGCAGGAAAUCAUCACCUGCUAUGAAAAGUCUGGAGACAUUGCCCUGCUCUACCUGCAGGAGGCUGAGAAGGCGUUGUCGGCGGGAAUACAGAACCGCAGCCCGAAGCCUGGCCCGACAGCCCAGGACCUGGAACUGGGCUACUUCCUGGAGACAGGCCUGCAGAGAGCCCAUGUCAUCCACUUCAAGAACGGCAACCUGACACGAGGCGUGGGCCGGUUUCGGGAGAUUCUUCGGGCUGUUGAGAACAGAACCACCCAGAGCCUGCGCAUGACCAUAGCCAGACAGCUUGCAGAGAUCUUGCUCAGAGGAAUGUGCGAACAGAGUUACUGGUCUCCUCUGGAAGACCCACCCACAGUGUCGCCAUUAGACGAUCCCACACGGCAAGGACACACACACACCAAGAACUACAGCCUAAGCCGACGCCCACGAGUGUACUCUGGAGAGAACCUGUUUUGCCCUCAGGAGAACACAGAAGAAGCUUUGCUGCUGCUGCUCAUCAGUGAGUCCAUGGCUAACCGUGACGCUGUCCUGAGCAGAAUUCCUGAACACAACAAUGAUCGUAUCAUCAGCCUACAGUCUGCCUCUGUGGUGUAUGACCUGCUGACUAUAGCUCUGGGCAGGAGAGGGCAGUAUGAGAUGCUGUCAGAGUGUUUGGAGAGAGCUAUGAAGUUUGCCUUUGAGGAGUUCCAUUUGUGGUACCAGCUCGCCCUGUCGCUAAUGGCAGCUGGGAAAUCAGCUCGUGCUGUUAAGGUCCUUAAGGAGUGUAUUCGUCUGAAACCUGACGACCCCACCAUCCCGCUGCUGGCUGUCAAACUGUGUAUCGGACCUCUGCACUGGUUGGAUGAGGGGGAGUGCUUUGCAAAGAUGGUGAUUGACAUGGGGGAGAAAGCAGCUGAGUUCAGAGCCAAAGGCUUCUUGGCCAUCGGGCUGGUUUACAGCCUCAAAGCCACCGAUGCAUCAUUGCGAAGCACACAGGAGGAGUACCAGAGGAAAGCUUUGGGAGCCUUCCAGAGAGCUCAGAGUCUGUCUCCCACUGACCAUCUAGCAGCCUUCUACUUGGCGCUGCAGCUUGCUGUGUCCAGACAGAUCCCAGAGGCUCUGGGCUAUGUUCGACAGGCGUUGCAGCUUCAAGGGGAUGAUGUCCACUCCCUUCAUCUGCUGGCCCUGCUGCUCUCUGCUCAGAAACACUACCACGACGCUCUCAAUAUUAUAGAGAUGGCUCUGUCCGAGUACCCUGAGAACUUCAAUCUGCUGUAUACUAAGGUGAAGUUGGAGUCAAUGUGUAGAGGACCAGAGGAAGCUCUGCUCACCUGUAAACACAUGCUGCAGAUCUGGAAGAGCUUUUACAACCUUACCAACCCCAGUGAUUCCGGGCGUGGCAGCAGUCUGUUGGACAGAGCCAUAGCAGACAGACGACAGCUCAACGCCAUGACUCUGCCUGACUUCAGUGACCCUGAGACCGUCUCAGGUUCUUCCUCUUCUCACUCUGGUUCUGAACCGGUCUCCCCCAUCUCCCCAUCCACCAUUUCCACCCUCUCCUCCCCACUGUCCUCCCCCUCUUCCCCUAUCUUCAUCUUCCAGCCUCCUCCUCUCCCGCCACCCAAAAACCCAUCCUUCCUCCCUCCUCUCCCUCCUCCUCCUUCUCCUCCUCCUCCUCCUCCUGCGCCCACCAAGACCGGGACUCAGUCCUUUUGCAACCACGUCACUCUCCGCCAGCUCUCCUCCAAUUGCGGCCUUCAGGACGCUAACACUCUUGGUUUUUCCUCCAUGUUUUCUGUUUGUUCGGUUCAUGCUACAUCUAUAGCAGCCAGUCGCGUUGAGCAGGCUCUGUCAGAGGUCGCCUCCUCCCUGCAGAGCAGCGCCCCCAAACAUGGACCCCUGCACCCCUGGAUGACCCUGGCUCAGAUCUGGCUGCAUGCAGCUGAAGUGUACACCGGCAUGUCGAAGCCCGCCGAGGCCUCGGCCUGCACACAGGAAGCCGCCAACCUCUUCCCCACAUCCCAUAAUGUGCUGUACAUGAGGGGGCAGAUAGCCGAGCUGAGGGGCAACAUGGACGAGGCCAAACGCUGGUAUGAAGAGGCCCUGUCCAUCAACCCGACGCAUGUCAAGACCAUGCAGAGACUGGGUCUGAUUCUUCACCAGCUGCAGCGCUACAGUCUGUCUGAAAAAGUCCUGAGGGAUGCUGUGCAGGUCAACAGUACGGCUCAUGAUGUGUGGAACAGCCUGGGUGAGGUGUUGCAGGCUCAGGGAAACGCUGCCGCUGCCACCGAGUGUUUUCUCACCGCCUUGGAGCUGGAGGCCAGCAGCCCCAUUCUGCCCUUCACCAUCAUACCCAGAGCACUAUGAAACACACACCUUCACAGGUGUAGCCUCAGUACUGUAGCACAGUGGCACAAAUGAUGGACCUGCAAGCUACACUCACCACACACACACACACACACACACACACAGCAUGCCUGCAUGCCACUUACACAAGGUUUUACUGCCGUACUCUCAGAUACACACAUACUGUAUACAAAUGCAUAUAGUACACAUAAACAUACACACUCGCUUCCCCUGCCCACCCACCCUUCCCACAAUGCCUUGCUGUGGCUGUGACCCCUGACUGUGUGUGUGUGUGUGUGUGUGUGUGUGUGUGUGUGUGUGAGGGCAUGUGUCUGUGUGCUGAUACAUUGCUUGUGUGUGACAAUCUGUGCCUGUUUGUGUCAUGUACACCCAUGUCUGUGUAUGUUGUGCCAACAUGUUGCCUGUGCACAUUUGUGUCCGGUUGUAUGUGAUUUGUAGAAUGAUGUGUGUGUGUGUGUGUGUGUGUGUGUGUGUGUGUUUGUUGUUUUGUCCUGUUCAAAGAUGUAAAUAAGAUUCAGUAUGAGUUCCCAAUCUGCUGUUGCUAGCGUUCAGAAGCCUAAGAGUUUACAUUUUGUUUACACACACACCGUUUCAUUUUCCUUUCACACACUGAGGGUAAAUCUAGCAUAUUUGAUUUAAAAAAAAUUGAUUAUGGGCAGGUAAUCAGUUUUAUUAAUGUUUCCUUUAUAAGCCAAAUAUUACUGAUGAUCUCAACCACUCACACGUUCACUUGCUGUAUGGCUAGCUCAGGAUGGCCAGAUCUUUGAGAAUCUACCGGAGCAUCGACAGACAUGAUCAACAGACCACUGAAGAAUCAAUUAAUCAAUCAGUAAAGUCUAAAUGCCAAAACACAGGCUGCAUUUACACACACAGGAGAUCAGAUUUGAAACUUCUGAUGGCUGUCAGGUUUUCUUUUCUACAUGUUUAAAUUAAAGCACAUUUUAUCUCAUGUGUACAGCCUUUACAUGUUCCUUUGUUGAACAAUAUUUCCAUGACAUUCUAUGAUUUUACAUAAUGUUCUAAUAUGUGCACUAUAAUUAAAUUUCCCCAAGGGAAGCUUUGAAGCUAAAGGAAUAGUUUGACAUUUUGGGACUAACUUUUUUGCUUUCUUGCUGAGAGGCAGAUGAGAAAUUUGAUACCACUCUCAUGUUUGUACAGUAAAGGUAAAGCUACUCCCAGCAGCCGAUUAGCGUAUCUUAGCACAAAGACUGGAAACAUGGGGAAACAGCUAGCCUGGCUCUGUCUGAAGGUGACAAAAUCUGCAUACAAGCAUAAAGAGGAAUAAAACAAAUUAAAUAUAAGGGAAAAAAAGGACAACGUACGGAUUCAACAGAGGAGAUAUAACAUGCUAAUCAGUGAGCUUUAGAGGUGCUGGUAGGCAGACUUUGUUACCUUUAGACAAAGCCAGGCUAGCCAUUUCCCCUUGUUUCCAGUCUUUAUGCUAUGCUAAGCUAACCAACUGCUAGCUCUAGCUUCACACUUACCUUACAGACGUCAGCGUGGUAUCAAUCUUCUCAUCCAACUCUCGGCAAGAAAGCGAAUGAGCAUAUUUCCCAAAAUGUCAAACUACUGCUGUGAAAUAAAUGCCAUUUCCAUAUUAGUAAUUUAACAUUUUUGUAUGCUUUUGAUCUAUUUGGACAAGCUGAUUUUUUAUUUUUUAGCGUGAGCAGCUGUAGUCACAAUAGCUGAACACAAAGGAGUGCCACCUAUAAAAACUCACGAUAACGUCGAAGAUAACCAGUUAAGUCUCAUGUAAACUCCUGGAAAACUGGAGCUCCUAUGUGACAUUCAGUGUGAAUGGGAGGAAUCUGUUACACCCAUUUUCUCAAAAGUCUGAUUUUCUGUUGUGUGUAAAUGCAACCGGUGAUUGUGUUGUCUUUGUGUCCUGUCACAGUCUUGUUAAAUACAACUAGAUGAAUAUAGUUUUGUUUUUUUCAUUUGAUUUUUGAUUAUAAAUACAAAGGAUUAUUGUUGUAUAUUAGAUUGUUCCAAGUGUAUUAUUAUUGUUGUUAUUUUUGAAAGUAAAUUAUAAUUCUAUUUUCUGGCGAGUGAUGUUACUGAGAUGCUGUUGGAGGAAUAAAAGGAUGAACUGAUGUUGAUAUGAGCUCAGUCAGUGAGUCGUUUGUGCUGUAAAUGAAUGACUGAAAUUAGGAUGAUAAUAAUGACAAAGAUAAUAAAAGUGGUUCAAAACAA